CGCCUGGGGCCGUAUCUCCCCCAAAACGGGGCGGGCGAGGCGGCACCGGGGAUGGCGGUGAGGGAGGAGGAGCAGGAGGAAGCCCGGCCCUGCAUGGCGGACGGCCGUUACCAUGGCGACCAGGUUCCGCCACGGAGUCCUUGCUGCAGCGCUGCGCAUGCGCGGGGUGCCGAGUGCGCAUGCGCGGGGAGCAAUGCGCGCAUGUAUAUCUCCCCGUCUCGUCACCUGCGCGUGCGCAGAUCCGCACCUCGCACUUAGCACAUGCGCACUCCCUCUCGCCACCACCCCCGAGCAUCAUGGCCGCCGCCGGCCGUUGCUGAGGCGUCUCCGUCACUUCUUCCUCCCCACAUGGAGGGCGGCGAUGGGCUCUCUGAGCAGCCGGCUGCUGAGGCGGCGGGGCGGCCUCUCGCUCGCAGACGGGGCGGCGGGGGAGGGAGGCCGAGGCGGCGGGGGGCAUCGGGGAGGAAAGAGAAAGCGGGGAGGGGGCGAAGGGCCCGGUGACAGCGAGAGCGAGAGCGACAGCGAGCGGGACGAGCGGCUCCACAGCGCCCCCCGCAGGAAAAAGCUGAAAAGCACCUCCAUGUAUAUUUACCAGACUCUGUUUCUGAACGGAGAAAACAGCGACAUCAAAAUCUGUGCACUGGGAGAGGAGUGGAACUUACACAAAGUGUACCUGCGACAGUCAGGAUACUUCUCCAGCAUGUUCAGCGGUUCCUGGAAGGAAUCCUGCAUGGACACCAUCGAGCUGGAGAUCCCCGACCAGAACAUUGACAUAGAGGCCCUGCAGGUGGCAUUCGGCUCGCUGUACCGAGAUGAUGUGCUGAUAAAACCCGGCCGAGUUGUUGCCCUCCUGGCGGCCGCCUGCAUGCUGCAGCUGGAUGGCCUAAUCCUGCAGUGCGGGGAAACGAUGAAGGAAACCAUCAAUGCCAAAACUGUGUGCAGUUAUUACAACUCGGCGGGGACGUACGGGUUGGACUCGGUGAAGAAAAGGUGCCUCGAGUGGCUGCUGAACAACCUGAUGACUCACCAGAGCGUUGAGCUCUUCAAAGAACUCGGCAUAAAUCUCAUGAAGCAGCUGGUCAGCUCUUCUAACCUCUUUGUGAUGCAAGUGGAGAUGGAUCUGUACACUGCCCUCAAGAAGUGGAUGUUCCUGCAGCUGGUGCCUUCCUGGAACGGGCCUCUGAAACAGCUCUUAGCACAGGCUGAUGCCUGGUUUGCUGAGCGAAGGAGAGAGCUGGAGGACGACGCUGCUUUCCUGGACCUGGAGCAGGGCGCUGCCUUCCGGCCCGUGUUCGCACACCUGCGCCUGCAGUACAUCAUCAGCGACCUGGCAUCCGCACGGAUUGUGGAGAGGGAUGCUCUCAUCCCCCCAGAAUGGCUGUCCUCCGUGUACAAACAGCAGUGGUUUGCCAUGCUCCGAGUGGAACAGGACAACGACACCGGGCCCCAAGAAAUCAACAAGGAGGAGCUGGAGGGAAGCAGCAUGAGGUGCGGGCGGAAGCUCGCGCAGGACGGCGAUUACUGCUGGCGUUGGACCGGAUUCAACUUCGGCUUCGACCUCCUCAUCACUUACACCAAUCGUUACAUCAUCUUCAAGCGGAACACGCUCAACCAGCCCUGCAGCGGCUCUGUCAGCCUGCAGCCCCGGCGCAGCAUCGCCUUCAGGUUACGCCUCGCCUCCUUUGACAGCAGCGGGAAAAUAAUCUGCAGCAGAACCACGGGGUAUCAGAUCCUGAGCCUGGAGAAGGACCAGGAGCAGGUGGUGAUGAACCUGGACAGCCGCCUGCUUGUCUUCCCCCUCUACAUCUGCUGCAAUUUCCUCUACACGUCGCUGGAGAAGAGGACGGGUGGCACAGCGGCAUCGGAGGGCGCAGAUCAGCACUGAGUGCAUUGCUGCAAGCCGGAGCCCAUCCUGCAUUGCUCCACCACUGCAGGUGCUCGGAGCCACCCCCACCGCCCCCCCAGCAGCCCAACAGCUGUGCUGGGAGCAGCUCACACGUCCACCAUGGGGGGGGAACCCACCCUGCUUUCGCUCAGGAACACUGUGACCAUGGAGUGCCUUUGGGCCGUCCCGUUGGGGUGGUGAGGGCUCAGCGCCUUCGUUCCUUUGUGCUGGUUUUUGUUUUGUUUUUUUUUUUUUAUGUUGGACUGUUGUUGUUGUUGUUGGGA